CGCGCCGAAUCUCCUUUCUGGGCGGGCCGAAGUACGUCCCUUAACCAGGGACCCUCCAAGUUCUAUGGCUCGAAUACUGUUGUCGGGGCAUCAUACUCACAUGCCAGCAUUGUACCAUCUACUUCCUCCCACUCACGCCCAAGGACACCGCCGAAGACCUCAGCUACGCAUGCCGUAACAAACUUGAGUCGCCGGCCAGGGAACCUGGUCGUAUCACCUCCUCGGCAACCAUACCCCGGCAUUAUGACUGAGGGGGUGGACGAGUGGAGUCGUGACCCCACCGAAGAGGAGGAUGAAGAUGAUGAGGACGAGAUUGUGUACGACGAUGAUGAAGACGAAUUCGGACUUCCUAGUCUUGCCAGUAUGCGGAGGAAGACUUCCGCGCCGCCAAAGGCUAAGAAUACAGCAGGCAACCCCGCAACUCUUGGGUAUGGGUUAGCAGCGAACAACAGACAACGUGCGAAUAGUUCGGACAUUGCAGAAGAGCGUGGUGCCCCGAUGUACCCGACUGCUCGCAAGGGGGAAGGGAAGAUUCUGCGGCCUCAAUACAAGGAUAUUUUGCAAGAUCCGGCCAAUGCUCUGAACCUCAUAGAUCACUCCGCGCCUCCUACAGAUGCAUCACCUAAAGAGAGGGAUGUCCACACCAGUCGCAUCACACGAAUCAACAAAUUCAAGCGCAUUCUGCAAGCAAGUACAGUAUCCCUCACCGAGCUGCGGGAUCUCGCGUGGUCAGGUGUUCCGGAAGAAGUGCGGCCGAUGACUUGGCAACUUCUACUUGGAUAUCUUCCAACAAAUAGCGAGAGACGCAUCUCCACCUUGGAGCGAAAGCGCAAGGAAUACCUAGAUGGAGUCCGACAGGCCUUUGAACGCGGUAGUGGGCAAAGCUCGUCCAAUCCCCCCGCUUCAGCUAAGGGCCGCGGCAGAGGACUAGAUGAGGCUGUGUGGCAUCAGAUAAGCAUUGAUGUACCGCGCACCAGCCCUCACAUCCCGUUGUACGGGUAUGAAGCUACUCAACGGUCGCUGGAACGCAUCCUUUAUGUCUGGGCCAUCCGACACCCAGCAAGUGGUUACGUUCAAGGUAUCAAUGAUUUGGUUACGCCAUUUUGGCAGGUCUUUCUCGGGGUUUACAUAACCGAUUUGAACGUCGAAGAAGGCAUGGAUCCGGGCCAGUUGCCCCGGAGUGUAUUGGAUGCAGUGGAAGCCGAUACUUUCUGGUGUCUUACAAAGCUGCUAGACGGCAUCCAAGAUAAUUACAUAUAUGCUCAACCAGGCAUUCACCGACAAGUCAGAGCUCUACGGGACUUGACGGUGCGCAUCGACGCAGCACUCGCGAAGCACCUGGAGCAAGAAGGUGUGGAAUUCAUGCAAUUUAGUUUCCGAUGGAUGAACUGCUUGCUCAUGCGGGAAAUGAGCAUCAAAAACACGAUACGCAUGUGGGACACGUAUAUGGCUGAGGAGCAGGGCUUCUCUCGGUUCCACCUUUAUGUUUGCGCCGCAUUUCUGGUCAAGUGGACGGAUCAGUUGGUUAAGAUGGAUUUCCAGGAAGUGAUGAUGUUCUUGCAAGCAUUGCCGACGAAGGGCUGGACAGAGAAAGACAUUGAGCUCUUACUCAGCGAGGCGUUUAUCUGGCAAAGCUUGUUUCAAGACUCAAGAGCUCAUCUCCGGCCUGCUGGCGAUGAACCUCCUGGAAAUGGUAUCUUUUAUUGA